GUUUAAAGACCCACCUUUCAUUUGCUCAGGUAAUAUAGAUACAUAUAUCGUCACCCAAUACCAAUAUCACAGAACCUCCAUUAAAGAUACCUGCUUUCUUUAUAGGGUGAAGAAGCUGAUGAAGAAUUAGCCUAUUUACUGACCUAAUUCAAUUGAACUAAACCAGACCAAACUUGAUUCAUCUUUGGAGUCACGACAUGACACCUGUUACCCCUUCAUCGACAAGCAGUAUUUCUCUCAUCCCUGGGCCUACAUUUUAUACAAAAACAAUCAAUGGUUCGAUAAAAUGCUGCAGUUUACGAAGACCUACUAGUAGAACCCUAUAUGCUCAAGAUUGUGUGUUACCUUUGUCAACAUCCCUUAGAUUAUUUUCACAUAUUAGGACAUUUGGCUCGCACUACAAACCAAGAUUUGGCGUGCCAUCAGCCACCGAGGUCGAUGUAGCUGUGGAACAAGCUGAUCAAUCAGAUUCCCCUGUUUCUGAGCAAGUUUCAUCUCAAACAUCAGAACCGACAUCAACUGUUGAUAAGAUGAAACAAAGAUCAAGACCAGUUAGAAAGAGUGAAAUGCCACCAGUGAAAGAUGAAGAAUUGGUCCCUGGUGCAAGUUUCACGGGUAAAGUAAGAUCGAUACAACCAUUUGGAGCUUUUGUUGACUUUGGUGCUUUCACAGACGGGCUGGUUCACGUUUCACGUUUAAGUGACGGCUAUGUGAAGGAUGUUGCAAGCGUAGUUUCGGUUGGACAGGAAGUGAAGGUAAAAUUAGUGGAGGCUAACAUUGAAACGGGGCGAAUAGCAUUGACCAUGCGUGAAAGUGAGCCCGCUAGUGGUGGCGAGAGUUCUCGGCCUCCUAGAAAAACAGGUCAGAGGUCAAACCAGAGGCAAAACGAAGGGAGAAAAAGUACAAAGUUUGUGAAGGGUCAAGAUCUCGAGGGCACGGUAAAGAAUCUUACAAGAUCAGGUGCUUUUAUAAAUCUCCCGGAAGGGGAAGAAGGGUUUUUGCCCGCCUCAGAAGAAGCUGAUGAAGGGUUUGGAAGUAUAAUGGGUACUGGUUCAUCGCUUGAGAUUGGUCAAGAAGUCAAAGUUCGGGUCUUACGGAUUGCAAGAGGUCAAGUAACACUGACCAUGAAGAAAGAUGAAGAUAAUAAAGCUUUAGACUCGCAGCUUCAAGGAAAAGUUUUUACAGCUACAAACCCUUUUCUUGUAGCGUUUCGUAAAAACAAAGAUAUUGCUUCAUUUCUGGAUGACAGGGAAAAGGUCGAGGAGACAAUCGAGAUUCCUGAAGCAGAAAAUGAAAACGUUCCUAGUGAAGCCGAUACUCAAGCAUCCAUUGAAGAGACUGAAGUCAAACCUGUUUCUGAUGGGGAAGUCAAACUCGAAGUUACUUCUAAUGAAGAGCAAGUAGAGAUACCAGAGGAGACGAGUAGUACCACGAGCUCAAGUGAACAAGUAGAUGUCCCUGUAGUCGAGGAAAAUGUACUUGAAGCAUCUGGCGCUGAGGAGGAUGUAAAAAUUGAACCGGUUUCUGAUAGCAUUACAAGCGAAGAGCAAAUAGAGAUACCCGAGGAGACAAGUAGUAUAAUGAGUUCAAGCGAACAGAUAGAUGUUCCUGUAACCCAGGAAAACGUGAUUGAAGGUGAGGAUGUAAAAACCGAACUCGUUCCUGAUGUAAAUGGUAGUGUUACCAGUGAAGAGCAAGUAGAGAUACUUGUGGAGGAAAGUAGUAUUACAGGCUCAAGUGAUCAAGUAGAGGCCCCUGUAACAGAGGAAACUGUGACCGCAGUAGAUGCUGAAAUUUCCUUGGCCACACCGGUUGAUGAAGUUAUAGAGAAUCAAACUGAGGAACCGAAAGCACAAGUUGAAGGAGCUGUUGAAAUCCCGGCUCUAGUUGAUGACGUCAUAGAAAAGCAAACUGAGGAACCAGAAGCAAAAGCUGAAACAGCUGCUGAAAUUUCGGCUCCAGUUGAGGACAAAAAAGUUGAAGCGGCUGCCACUAAAGCCACGAUAUCCCCUGCUCUUGUAAAGCAGCUUCGUGAAGAAACUGGUGCGGGUAUGAUGGACUGCAAGAAAGCACUUGCAGAAAACGAGGGUGAUUUAGUCAAAGCUCAAGAGUACUUAAGGAAGAAAGGGUUAGCAAGUGCUGACAAAAAAGCAAGUCGGGCCACAGCUGAAGGUAGAAUCGGUUCCUACAUUCAUGAUAGCAGAAUAGGUGUCCUCGUAGAAGUCAACUGCGAGACCGAUUUUGUAUCACGUGGAGACAUAUUUAAGGAAUUAGUUAAUGAUUUAGCAAUGCAAGUGGCGGCAUGCCCUCAAGUUCAAUAUUUAGUUCCAGAAGACGUUCCCGCAGAGACCAUCGAGAAAGAGAAAGCAAUCGAAAUGCAAAAAGAAGACCUUUUGUCAAAACCCGAGAAUUUUAGGCCUAGAAUUGUUGAGGGAAGAAUCAAGAAGAGGCUUGAUGAGCUGGCAUUGCUUGAGCAGGCUUACAUUAAGGAUGAUAAAGUUGUGGUUAAAGAUUUUAUAAAGUCAACCAUUGCAACGAUUGGAGAAAACAUAAAAGUCAAACGGUUUGUGAGGUUCAACCUUGGUGAAGGGUUAGAAAAGAAAUCACAAGAUUUUGCUGCCGAAGUUGCUGCGCAAACUACAGCAAAGAAGGUCUCAGCACCAACAACCGAGCCAAAGCCUGCAGCAAUGGAAACCGUUGACGCUGCUGAUGUGGCUCCAAAAGCAACAAUUUCAGCAACAUUAGUGAAGCAACUACGUGAAGAAACUGGUGCAGGUAUGAUGGACUGCAAAAAGGCUCUUUCUGAAACCGGAGGUGACCUUGAGAAAGCCCAAGAAUAUCUCAGAAAGAAAGGUCUUUCAACCGCUGACAAGAAAUCAAGCCGUUUAGCGGCUGAAGGUAGAAUCGGGUCCUACAUUCACGACUCCCGUAUAGGAGUCCUAAUAGAAGUCAACUGUGAAACAGACUUCGUGGGAAGAAGUGAAAAAUUCAAAGAAUUAGUCGAUGAUUUAGCCAUGCAAGUUGUUGCAUGCCCUAAGGUCGAGUAUGUUUCCAUUGAAGAUAUUCCCGAGAGCAUCGUGAGCAAAGAGAGAGACAUUGAGAUGCAACGAGAGGAUAUUUUGUCAAAACCUGAGAGUAUAAGGGGAAAGAUCGUAGAUGGGAGGGUAGCGAAGAGGCUCGGGGAGCUUGCUCUUCUUGAACAACCAUUUCUUAAAGAUGAUUCAGUUCUUGUAAAAGAUUUUGUGAAGCAAACCGUUGCAGCCAUUGGUGAGAACAUAAAGGUUAGGAGGUUUGUCCGGUUUACUCUAGGUGAGUCAAUUGAGCCAAAGUCGGAAUAAAUAAAGUCUUGGAGUUGCUCUUGAUGAUGUUAAGAAGUUGAAAGAAAUUGAGAUGUCUAAUGAGUUUUUUUGAGCAGGAUGAUUGAGGAAAAAAGCAGAUGGUUUCUUUUGCAUUUUUGCAUUGUUGGAGGACUAGUUUUUCUCUUUGUGUUAUUAUUGAAGGGAGUUUUAGAAAAUUUUAUCAAGUGUUUCUUUGGCAGAAAAAUCCAGCAAUACCUAUUCAUGCCUCGUAAAAAUUGUAACUUUAUUUUUUUACUUUUAUGCUACAUAGUUUUUGAUCCAAAAUACACACAGCAUAUUUUGAUUCUAUGUAUCAAUGUUUAUAUCCUAAUUUUGCUUUA